CCCAGCGGGCUAACCUCCAGCACCACCGUGCUCAUGCUGUCCACCGGGUUGAGGUACCGCUGGGUGUUCGGCUCCGGGUAAGACAGCUGGAUGGCGGCAAUGCUGGCGUGGCAGGCCUGUGCGACCAGGGCCCCAAGUGUCCAUCCAGGGGCGGAGCGGAGAUCUCCCCUCACCACCACAUACUGCAGCAGGCGGCUCGGAGCUGGGCCCUCGGCCUCCGCCAUCAGAGAAUCCGCCGGAAGCGCGCGCGGCCGCGGGACGGUUUCUUUCAAAAGUGCGCGGGAAAGGAGCGCGCGCCGCAGAGUCGGCAGCUGCCGCCUCCCCAACACCGCCAUGGCGGCAACAGCCGGGGCAGGUGUGUUGGAACACUUGAAGACACUGGAGAAAUGUGCCAAGAAGCUGGCGUCAGAACAAUUAGAAGCACAGCACAGAGCACAGGUUCUAGAGCAGGAGAAAACAUUGUUGGAAAGACUGAGAUCAAAAAGGGAUGCACUGAGGACCAGAGUGACUGCACAGUCUGCUGGAUCCUUGUUAGAUAUUCUGACAGAGACGCGAACAGUCUCAGUGCCACUGUUGGACAAAGUGGAUGUUAGUUCCAUGUUACUGAAAGGGAGAGUCAAGACUCUGCAGGACAUUCUGGAUGCAUAUAGCCUUGCAGGAGUUAGCGUUAAGGUGAGAGAGCCAAGCUCUACAUUCUCUUUCUGUAUCAGCACUGCAUAUGAAGGUAUCUACCUAGACUCUUAUUACCUGGACAUUCACACCAAGCAUCCACGCAAGAUCAUUCAGCACAACAUACCUGCCUUCAUCCCUCUGGAGCAGACAGCUCGCAUGUACCUGCAGAAUGACCUUGGGCAGUUCGUGGAUGUGCUGCGGGAUGCCCUGAAUGCCUAUGCCAGCAGAAGAUAUCAGGUGGAGCAAUUACAGGUGCACCACCAUACAUCCCUGACGGGCCAGGUACAGAAGAAUGCUGCAUAUAACUUGUUGAAAUUUCAGUGUCCCAUUCAGUGUGGGGACAUGCAUCAUGACGUCCAAGUGAAACUGGUAUAUGAGGAUCUUGCAUGCUACCUUCCAACUGAAGUCACAUUGACCUGUACAGCAGAAGAUUCAGAAUCCAUGAGGACAAAGUUAGAAAGUUAUCAGCAACUCUUCCAAAACAUGGAGCUUCACCGAGUAUUUAACAGCUUGAAGAUGCAACAAGAAGCAGUUGUAUCAAGCAGCUGUCUCUCUGCAGUACACCGUUCAGCCAGUCCUUCCAGGCAGUGAGUGCUACAGUCUUCAACUACCACAUUACAAAAGAGGCUAUGGAACAGAACGCAAGUAGGAUUGAUCUUGAAGUUUUGAAUUAUUCCUAAAUAAAAGAGAUGAAUGAUUCUGUAUUAA